AUGGCAGAAGCGAUCGCGACGUUAAGUCUCGUUUGCAAUAUGAUGCAGGUAAUCUCUUUUUCUGGAGAAGUUUUCAGGCUCUACCAUAAUACCGUGAGAGAUCACUCGCCGGACUCGAGCCUUGCAUCUAACACUGCGCAUCUAUCAGCGCUCCUAGAAACUUUGCAAGAAAGACUUAAGGACUACAAUCCCAUUUAUUCCAAUACUAGAGAUGAAUCAGAAGGGUUAGAGCGACAAGCAAAAACAAGGCUCCAGAGCCUAACGUCUGACCUAAUUCGAGACACUAAGGAGCUACAAAAACUGCUUGAGAAGGUUACAACAACGGCUUCAGCAGGAAAGCUUGGUAGUUUAAGAGCGGUUAUGAAGUUCAAGUUCCGCUAUAAUUCCCAGAUUUCCUCACUGGAAAGGAAAAUCAACGGCACACGGAGCGUCAUGGACUCGGAACUCCUGAGCAGAAUAUGUUCGUCAACGCAGGCAAGCCAUUGUCUAUCAGAAGAUAUGUACUCAAAUCUUUACGGCGACAUAAAGCAGUUUAUUGACCGCUGGUCUAAUGGGGAAAGGACCAUAUCGAAACUACUCGUUAGCGAGGCACAGAAAACUAGGGUCCACGUCACAGCAGAGUCGGAGAAUAUACGCAGUAGAAUAGAUGCGAUAGAUUCCAGGUUGCUGUCUGAUUCGACCCAGCGCAAUCUCGAGGAGUUGCGGAAGCGGAUUCUUUCCACGUUAUGGUUCCCUGAGAUGAAUCAACGAGAGAGCACCAUUAAAGAGGCUUCUGAUGAUAUCGCACUCAGGAUAUUCCCAGAUUCCGAUUUUGCGGAUUGGCUCCGAUCAGACAGAUCAGACACGCCGAUAUUUUGGAUUAGCGGCAAGCCAGGAAGUGGCAAAAGCACACUGACAAAGUAUCUAAUACGCAGUAGUCGAACGAUUGAAUACCUUCGUACUUGGGAUCCCUCGGUAAGGAUAUUUCGUUUCUAUUUCUACGCGCUAGGACAAAGCCCUCUGCAAAAACAGCUUCGAGGUUGUUUGCGCACUCUCCUACACCAGGUUAUUACCGAAAAUCCCGAUACCUUGACCCUGUUGCUUGAAGGCCAGCCAGAGGUAAAGGAAAAAGCGUCGGAACACGACUGGCCUCAUCAAGAACUUCUUGAUGCCUUGUCGAUAUGUCUCCGUGACAUAACCUAUACAUCUUGCCUGUUUAUUGACGGGCUCGAUGAAAUACAAGACGACGAGAGAGUACAGGUUAUUGAGUUAGUGGAACUUUUUAAGAGUAUCCCAAACGUCAAAACCUGUGUGACAAGUCGCCCAGAGAGAUUGUUCGUGCAGAAUCUAGGACAGCACCCAUAUCUUCGAGUUCAGGAUCUCACUGAACAGGCCAUACGUUUGUACGUCGAAAACGCCUUAGGAAAGUAUGAAGGUGCUUGUGAAGUGUCUGAAUCGGACGACCAUGGCCUUCUGGCGAACAUCGUAAGAAAGUCGGAAGGGGUAUUCCUAUGGGCAGCUAUGGCACUCAAGGAUCUUAUUAAAGGGAUAGAGAAGCACGGAGACUCUUGGGAAUUGUUGAAGCAACGAAUAGAAAUGUACCCCCCCAACCUUGGCGAAUUAUACGAGCAAAUGUGGAUCAGGCAGAACCAAGACCUACCAACUCAUAAACGAGAAGCUGCGAUACUAUUUCGGUCCGUUUUGGAACAGCGGCCCCCCGAGUCACCUCUCUUGGUUUUUCUAUUAGCUAACCACCAGGCUCUCCGGAGCCAAUUGCAGCAGCUCAUAGUCAACAAUGGUUUCUGGAGCUUCGAAGACGCGAAGCACAUGGGCAAAGAAUUUGAAACAUGGCUCUGCGCAAGAAGCGCCGGCCUCCUCGAGAUAUCCGGUCAAAUGAGACACACGAAACUUUUGAUAAAUGGUAUCGAUAUCUAUUCUAGCUUUGAUAACCAAGUUACUUUCAUUCAUCGAUCAGUUUGCGAAUUUCUUAUGGAAACGAAAUACGGCCAGGAUAUUAUGAGUUAUGACGAUAGACCAACCAUGACAAGGCAUCUUGCAUAUCCUAGAGCCGCCGGAGGAGCGGCAUAUGUCCUUGCUGCUCAGGCUCCGGAAAAUAAUGAAAGUAGACUUGCUAUGUCUACAAAACUAUUACGGAUCUAUAAUCUUUUAGAAUCGUCGGGCCGUGAAGGACAGAAGGGGUAUCGGGAAUGGAUGCCGCCGCCGUAUAUGAAUCAUAUGUUCCUUCUAACCGUCCUACGGGUCAACUCUAAGUUAGGCAACGUGGAAAUCCUUGACGAAAUCCAUCAGAAGGACAGAAAGUUCGAGAGCCUUUCCAAAGAAGAAAGGGGUGUGAUUCUUUUCGAAUGUUAUCGGCGUAUAGGAGUUGGUGUGGACCUAGAUAUAUCCAAGCUCAAACACAACACGAGUGAACAGGAUUCGAGCAUAAGUUGGGUCCAGAUUGUGGAAUGGAUUGAGAGGGCUUGGAAAAUCUGGCUCGCGAUUCUUGAACGUCAAAUGAACUGCGUCAAAUGGCUACUCGUACAUGACUCGGAUCCGCAUUUGAUCAUGAAAGAAGAGGAUACUGAACCUGAUAUUUUUUGGUUGGCUAACAAUAUCCAUUGCAUUCGCCCUACCACGUUCCAAUUAUUUCACCUUAAAAUGUUCACCAUAUGUCGCGAUGCCCUUGCAACCGGAGGUAGACUAAACCCACCCCCAAGAGAGCAAAUGAAAGCAUACAUAACGCAUAUAAUAGGAUUCGUCCGUAUAUUCAAUGAAUACAAUAAUGGCGAGCAAAGAAUCAAUAUGGUUUAUCGAGGUUAUCCCCCCGCGCCCAACUAUGAAGUCGAAUUUUCAGUGGAUAUUGCUUGGUUCUUGGAAGUCAUUAACAUAGCCGCUAGUCUCGACGGAAAAGCCCAUCUACCAAGCAGCAUUACUGAGUCACUUCCUAUUCAUAUUCAUUCUGUUAGGAUUCACCAAGAGGGAAUGUUGCGGCCAUGUGCGGAGAAGAUCAGAACGAGGAUUACUGCGAAGUUGAUUGCUUUAAUGCCCGGCUAUUUCCUAGACUGA